CGCCGCUCUCCUUCUACACACCCUCUAGGCAAUCUGUUGUUGUGGUGCCGGCGCAGUGCUGAGAGCCGUGUUUUCGUUGUUGUUGUCCGCACAUGUCCCCGUCGCAGUAGAGUUCGCUCGCCGCCUCUGCCUGCCCCCACCCCCAUGGCUACUGACGCCUAUGGCAGCCCCGACGACGGGCUAGAGCUCGAGAGAAUUGCCGUUGGCCCGUAUUGCGUUGCAGACUUUGGUGUCAACGCCAGUCCCCGCCAGCAGCAGACCAGUCGCCCCGAGCCCCCGCCGCUGCCCAGGUCCGCGACCGACAGUAGCAUGGAAGACCCGAUGAUGUCGAGCGACUUUCCCUUCGGCGGUAUGCGCGGCCCUUGGCUGACCACGGCCGGCGACGAAAUGACGCUGCCCGCUCCGGCCGACGACCUCACCAGCUGGAACGAAUGGAUGCAGUACAAUCCUGCAGCCGCCCCGCAGAACCCUUCGCAGUCCCAGCCGCAGCCGCAGCCCUCCCAGAUGACCUCCGCGCCUGCUGCCGUGCCGACGUCCGCUCCCAUGUAUUCGCAACCCGGCGUGCCCUUCACCUUCGGCGGCGCGGUCGACAUGCCCGCUGCCUUUGACUUCAAUGGCAACGCGCUGAGCUCGCCCUCGGCCGCCGACUCCCAGCAGACGGGCUUCUACUCGCCGCCCAUGUGGCAGCAACAUGCCCACUCGCAGCAACAGCUCUACACGCCCUCCACGUUCGCCCAGCCCGGCCCGCCAGCUUCGACACCCAGCCUCCACCACAGCCCCAGCUCCCUCAACAAUGGCACCUCCUCGUCGCACUCCUCACCCGAGCCCGCUACUAAUCUCAAGAAGAGGAAGUCCACAGACGACAUUGACGACUUCGACGAUCCGCCUUCAAGCAAGAAGGGUGGAUCUCAGCCGCCCAAGAAGACAGCGCACAACAUGAUUGAGAAGCGCUACCGAACCAAUUUGAACGACAAAAUUGCUGCUCUGCGCGACAGUGUUCCCAGUCUACGUGUCAUGUCCCGACCUAAUGGUACCGAGGAGGACGACGACCCGGAAGACCUCGAGGGUCUCACACCGGCACACAAGCUGAACAAGGCCACUGUGCUCUCCAAGGCCACUGAGUAUAUCCGCCAUCUAGAAAAGCGCAACAAGCGCCUGACAGACGAGGUUACAACAUUAAAGGGCCGAAUUGAGAGCUACGAGAAGAUGGCCAUCUCCGGACCUAUGACCCUGCAUGGCACCGUCAGCACCCCUGACGGUAGCAGAUUCCAGGAGGAUCCAUUUGCGCACCACAUGCCAAUGUCUGGACCUCCACAAGGAAUGAUACCUGUGCCGGAAAACAUCCGCGCUCUGCAGCAAGGACUGCCACCGCAGCAGCACUACGCCCAUGCUUAUCCCCAAUACCCUGGCCAGGGCCGUCCGGUUCAAGGACCGCCCAUGGUUAACGGACGCCGAAGCAGCGCAAUGAUGGGCAAGCUCAUGGUCGGAUCUCUCGCUGGUCUGAUGAUUCUCGAAGGCAUCUCCACCAAAGAGCAGUCGCAGGACGAACCAUCUGGCCGCGGGCUCUUCGCACUUCCCAUCAACCUCGCGUCCAUUCUAUCUCCCACCACAUCUUUCGGCAGCACGACCGCACAGAUACCCAUCGCAAAGCUCCUCCUUGUCUUUGGCGCGUUCUUCUACAUCAUCGCUCCCCUGUUUGAGUCGAAGCCAAAGCAGAAGAAGAAAUCUCUCCCGGCCUUUAUGUUGGCACCUGCGCCAUCUCUCGCUUCUCCAGUUGAGGUGCGUCGCAAGGCGUGGCUUACUGCAAUCCAGACCGUUUGGGUACCCCAGCACAACUUCGUUCUCGAACUCGCAGCCCUUGCCCUGAAGAUGUUGAAACUCAGCACACGCAAGAUCAUUGGCUGGGACGGAUAUGCUUACCUCACUGGCACAACGAAGGAUCAGGAAGUUGCCCGAGUCAAGGCCUGGAACAUUGCGUUGGACGCUCAGCUUACGGGUGGCGACGCAGAGAUCAGCAAGAGCCGACUUGUACUGAGCUUGAUGGCCUCAGGAACGCUUCCAGAUACACCGGCACGACUCAUGCUCAAGGCUCUUCACAUUCGUGUACUGCUUUGGGAGUGUCCAUCUGAUACGUAUGUUGGAUGGUGGGUGAUGGACGAACUGAGCGCCAAUCUAGCUCGCAGCUAUUGGAAUGCUGCUCGCAGCGAACACCGCAUUGCCUGUAACUCGAAGACUCCGGAUGCAGAGCCGCUUCCUGACCACCUGGCCGCUCUCAUUGAAAGAGAGUGUGACGAGGUGCUUGUUGCACCAAUCAUCCAGCGCGCCUACAACCUUGCCUGGAACCGGUCUAACGCCGAGGAUACUGUCGUUGACCCUUCCAUGGACGGUGUCGUUGAGGACUUUGCCAUCAGCUCGCCGCUCGAUGCACUUGCAGCAUGGUAUUCCAGCCUUGUUUUGAACAGGGGCCUUGCUACUUACCUCGCGACGAAGAAGUCCGACUCGACUUCCGAUCUCGACCUCGCCCUUCAGACUGCACCUGCCAACUCGCAGGCUCAGAUGCGAGCUCUGGUCGCCGAUGCCGUUGUCUUCGAUGAGGACCGCGACGCACGUAUUGCCAAGGCACUGGAGGCCUUGCCUAAGCCACCGUCUUCCAAGGCAAGCGAGGCCGGUCUGAACCUCGUUGGCGACGGCACUGUUGCAGUGGAUGUUCGCAAGGCACUUACUUUGGCGAAAUGCCUUUCCCUUGUCGAGUCUUCACACCGAGGUGCACACAAGCGCGCCGUCUUUGUCGUCAACAACACGUUCCUCCCCGAAUGUACCACGACAUUACUCAGCUUUGUCGCUGGCCACAAGGUCCUUACACGCUUUAUGGAGGACGCCUCGCUGCAAGCUCAGACGAGCUCCGGUCUAGAACGCAUCGCUUCUGCGCUGCGCACAUGGGCUGGACGCGAGACUGGUCGUCGCCGUGGCCUGUCGAACAAAGCGAGAACCAAGAUCGUCGAGUACUGCCUCAAGACGAGCAAGACGCUUGUCGGGUUAGCAGACGUCGACGAUGGGUACGUGAGUGCGAGCGUGAACGACGACGAAACUUCAUCGUAAUUUUUUAUUCUUUUCGAUUUUGGAUGUAGGGACCAAGUAAGCUGUAUGGAUCACUGGCGUUAUAGGAGGCACACUUGGCUGGUACGGCUACUUUCACUUUGGGAUUGGGACUGCCCAUUGCGGCUUUGACUGUCUUUUUUUGAUUUCUGGCUGUAUAUGCACAGCGACGUAGAUACCACAAUGUCAUCUCUGCAGUCACUAUAGUGACGCUUCCACUACAAACUCAGACUGUGCGUGUGCUUCAUCUCUGCAGUCACUACAGUGGCGCUUCCACUAUAAACUCAGACUGUGCGGGUGCUUC